AUGACACAUAAAGUAGAUGGAAUAUAUGAGGCUAAAGGAUUGAAUUAUGAUGAAGCUCUUCAUCUUUUUAGUUUGAAAGCCUUUCGUAAGGACUAUCCUCCCAAACUUUACCUUAAUGUAUCCAAGCAUUUUGUACAAUAUGCAAAUGGUCUUCCUUUAGCCAUUAAGGUUUUGGGUUCCUUUUUGUUUAAUAGAAGUAUUGAUGAAUGGAAAAUUGCAUUUGAUAGGCUUAAAGAAUUUUCUGAAAGAAAAAUUCUUGAUGUACUCCAAAUAAGUUUUGAUGGACUACAUGAAACAGAGAAGGAAAUAUUCCUACAUAUUGCAUGUUUCUUUAAUCAAGAGGAGCAGGAUCAUGUGAUAGAAAUACUAGAUUGUCUUGAUCUUUACCCUAAAAUUGGAUUAAGGGUUCUUAUUGAUAAAUCUCUUAUAAAAGUACAUAGCAAUCAAUUAUGGAUGCAUGAUUUACUACAAGAAAUGGGGUGGGACAUAGUUCGUCAAAAGUGUCGUAAGGAGCUUUGGAAGCGUAGUAGACUAUGGUUGUGUAAGGACAUUGACAAGGUGCUAACAAGUAAUUCGGGAACAAAAGCAAUUCAAGGCAUAGUCCUAAAGUUGCCAAAACCAAACGAGACACAUUGGAACCCUAAAGCCUUUUCAAAGAUGCAUCAUCUUGAAUUGCUCAUAAUUCAUUAUGUUCACCUUCUGCAUGAGCCUAAACAUCUUUCUAAUGGAUUAAGAUAUCUUGAUUGGAGUGAAUAUCCUUCAACAUCUUUACCUUCAAGUUUCCAACCGAAUGUGCUCGUUGGACUUCGCAUGUGCUAUAGCAAUAUUGAAAGACUUUGGAAAGGAACACAGUCACUUAAAGAUCUUAAUCUUUCUGAAUGCUCAAAGCUUGAUAGACUGCCAGAGAACUUAGGGAAUGCGAAAAGUUUGGAGAAGCUUGAUAUGGGUGGCACUGCAAUUACAAAACUACCCUCAUCAAUUGUGAAUUUGAGCAACCUUGCUUCAUUGAAUUUAAAAGAUUGUAAAAAUCUUGUGUGUCUUACUAGAACCAUAUGUAAUAUGAAGUCUCUUAAAGAUCUCAAUCUUUCUGGAUGCUCAAAACUUGACAAGCUACUUGAGAACCUGGAAAAUGCCAAAGUUUUGGAAGAUCAUAAUACAUGUGGCACUACUAAUACAAAAUCAAUUCAACAUUUUACUGGCCUUCAUUCACUGAAUUUAAGAGAUUGCAAAAAUCUUGUGUGUCUUUCUAGCACUAUUUUUAAUAUGAAGUCACUUAAAGAUCUUGAUCUUUAUGGAUGCUCAAAACUUAAAAAUUUGCUAGAGAACUUGGGGAAUGCUGAAGGACUAUUGAAGCUUGAUGCAGGUGGAACUACUAUACAAGAGUUGCCUUCUUCAAUUGUUCUCUUAAAAAUCUUUAAGUCUUUUCUUUUUGUGGAUGUAAAGGGUCAUCAUCAUCUAAAUCAUGGUAUGAGCGCUUCACUUUUUAUUUAA